AUAGAUAAGAGACCUUUAAUAAACUGCUUUUAACACGAUAAAAUUAAACUAUAUUAUUAUUAAUCUUGAUAAAUGUUAAAUGCUAAAAUAAGCAUGGGUGAAUGCCCAUGAAUAGUCACAUGACAUAAAAAAUGGUUGAUGAUCCAAAAUGUUUCUUAGCUUUGUUAACAGGACUUUCUCGUCGAUAUUAUCACGGACACACGGAGUUAACAGAUGAUGUCCUUAAAGAGGAAAUUUAUCCUAAUGCAUCUCAAGAUGAUUUUAAUCGUCUUAAUUCCAGAAUAGCGGGUUUAUUAAAAAAUAUGGUAUCAGCUGACAUGGACAUGACUCAGCUAGAAGCAUUCCUUUCUGCCCAGAUAAGAAAGAAGGAGGGUGGUCUUUCUGAAGAGCAAGCUGCUGCUCUUAGGAAAUUCUGGAAAGCUAACAAGGCUAAAAUUCACGAUAGCAUAGUCUCACAAACCAUGUGGGGAAACACUCUGCAGAAAGUGUCCUGGCGUGUGGAUUUGAAAUCUCAGUCACGUAACCUUGAACAAAUAAAUAUUCCAACUGCUAUCAUGGAGAUUCAUUUAGCAGACAAUUUAAAUAAAUCAAAGGGACCAGAAGUUGUGAGAUUUGAAAUGAAUGAAAACAAGGUCAACGAUAUGCUGAAAAAUAUGCAUGAAAUAGAAGAGGAAAUAAACAAACUUGCCAAAAAAUAGACAAUGAAAAAUAAAUUAUAUAUAUUAAUUUUA